AUCUAUUGCCUAAAUGUCAGAAGUAGCAAGAGCUGAUUUUGAAUUAAUAGUGGCUUCUGGAUCUCACUAACUCUUUGCUUUUGGUUUAGUGUUUUUGGGAGAGGGUCUCACUAUGUAGCUCUAACUGGCUUAGGAUUCACUAUGUAGAUCAGGUUUCCUGCCUGCCUCUGUUUUUCUAGUGCUGGAGUUAAAAUCAUAUGCUAUCACUCCUAGCUCCUCAUUAACUCUUAAAAAGCCUGUCCUUGCAAAUAGGAUACAAGUUGGGCCUCAGAGUCUAUGUAAAUCACUUUAGGACCAAUGUUUGCAUCAUUAUAACAUGGGUGGAAAAUCUUGCUUCUUAUUGGGCUUUCCCCCCUUCUCUUCUAACAUUUUACUCUGUGGUGGAACACAUCUGUGCCAUGUGUACACUUGGGAUGGUCAAAAGACAUCCUGGCAAGACAUCCUGGCAAGUCAGUUCUUUUCUAUGUGUUAGUCCCAAGUAUUGAACUCAGGUUGUCAGAGUUAGUGCAAGUGCUCUUGAUCAUUGAGUAUCUUACCAGCACCUUUAUUAGACUUUUACAGGCUGAGAGAAGAUACACUAAUUUGCUGGAAGCUUGUUAUUUGAGAUGCUGAUCAUAUGAAAGGGGCAUCUAGGAGAUUCUUUCUAUUAUAGUGAAAGAAGUAGGGUAGGCUUAUUGUAGAAAUCUGAUGCUAGGGAAAUGGAAAGAUUGGUGUAACUGGGCACUCUGGUUAUGGGUGGAUGGUAAGAGUCUACAAAAGAAGAGCCAAAGAUUUGUGUCAUCAAAUUCUGUAAAAGCCACUUCUGAGGUGGCUCAGUGAUUUAAAGUACUUUCUGCCAAGCUAAUGACCAUCUAAGUUCCAUCUCCAGGACCCACAUGGUGGAACAAGAAAGCCAAUUUCUGCCAAGUUGUCCUCUGACCUUUAUAUGUGUGCAUGUGCACCCCUCCCCAGAUAACAAAAAUUUAAAAUAGUGUGCCAUCAAGGCUCACAGGACUCCCAGAGGCUGGUGUAGCAGGAGCUUGGAAUGUACAAGUUCAGUUAUUCUUACUGACUGUUUUCAGACUCACUGUUAACCGGCCCUUCUAGACAACGGGCCUGUCAGAAAAGCUUUGUUUGGCCCUCACCAGAUACUUGGUGCUAAGCACACAGACAUCUGUUGUGAAUAUUUGAUUUAUGGGCAGUGACUCUAUUUCCUCAUUUUGUAUAUUCUCUGUAAGUUUCUGUGAGUUAUGGGGAGCAAAUCCUCUAUAGGCUUUGCUGUGUCUGGAUUUAUCUGGCUAGAGAUUGGAAGUGUGUCUAAGUACAGGAGUAGCUUUUGUAGGUAGGCUUUGGGAUUGGUUGAUCUCUGACAUAUAUGGAGAUUAACUCAGAGCCACUUAGUUAUGAAGCAGAUUUUCAGGUCUUAGGAUGGUUUCAUUGAAGAGUGGCGUUUUAGUGGAGCUGUGGCAGAUGUAGGUUCACACUGCAGAGCCGCUCCAGUGUGUACUGCCCAUGGCCACCUUGCAGGGCGACAGAGGUGUUGUGCUCCGUCAGCUCUCGGAAGUUAUUGCAGUUACUUGGAGCAAGAUUGCCCUUGUAAACCUAGAUGGUUUUUCUCCCCCUGCCCAAAAGUUUUAAAUUUUAUUUUUAUUUUAUGUGUAUGAGUGUUUUACACGUGUGUAUGUCUGCUGCAGACUAGAGAAGGUGUCAGAUCACUUGGUACUUCUGUUACAGUCAUCAGCUGCUUUCUGGGUGCAGGGAAUCAAACCUGGGUCCUCUGCAAGAGCAGUCAUCUUAACCUCUGCGGCAUCUCUCCAUUCCCAAAGGUGGUCUUUCAUGUUGUUGUGCUAGGAAGCGUUCAUGAGCCCCAAAAGACCACCAAGGAGCUGUCUCUGAUGUAAAAGCAUUAGGGUCUCUUUAUUACAAGCCCAGGCUUGGGCUCUCCUCCAACCAAAUCCUGACACAGCAGGACAGGAUGGGAAGGUGGAGCUGCCUCCUUCCCUCUGCAGGACAAGUUUUUAUAGGAAAAUAGGAGCAAAUGAGGGGGUCCAGUCUGGCAAGCAUCUACAUAGAAUGACUGUAAGCUGACAGUUGAGUGCUCUGAAGCGGCUGUAUAUAAUCACAGAUGCUCUGAAAGUACGUCUGAAACAAUCAGACUGAUCUUUGAUUAACUGUUGUUAGGAAGUAGCUAGGGAGUAACUCUGGCCAAGGACAAGCCAAGGGGGCCCUUCUUGGUACUCUGGUGUAGCUUGGGCUCUGCUGCAGGUGAAGUUUUCAGGCUAUUUUUCUUUUCUUUAAGAUGGAAGCUUGUUCUGAGAUGGAGUAGGUUUGGCCUCUCAUGUCAGCUUCAUGAUUGGUGCCAACAAGGGAGAGCCUCUGAAUUCUACCCUUACCUUCUUCCUUCUACUUUGUUUAAGCAGUUUGGAAAAAACAUUACUUUAAUCCUGUCUAAAAUUCUCUGCCUAAAAAGAUACCCAGUAAAUUAGAAAAUGUAUUCUGCCUUUAGAAGUUGAAUUAACGUGCAUAAAACCAUUUGAGCAAACUUGCUGGAAGGGGAAAGGUGCACGGGUGAAGUCACCGAGUGGCCAUUUAAAUGUGGAGCUGCUGCUCUUUCAUUUGGGUCAAUAGCUAUGUCUGUACUUUAAAUCCAUAUUCUUUUAGGAGUUCUUAAAAAUUCCUGGAAUGUUUUAUUUAUAAGGACCAAACAAUCUUUGCUAUUACUACUAAGCAGUAGCGUACAUGGUAUAAGUAAAGUUAGAUUUAAUUUUAAUAAAAUUUAUCAAGUUGAUAAUGUUUUGAGCAGACUUCUUUGGGAGUUGGGGAAGGAAGUAGUUUGAAAUUAUCAGUCGAUAAUUCUCUUCAGAUGAAUUUACAAGUUGAGUUAAUGAUGAAGCCUUGAAUCUAGCCGAUGAGUUGUUUAUUUAAAGCCACAUGACAAAGAAUGUGCAUUUUAUUGGCUUUAUUAGGUGAGUUUCGAUCAAGCCCAGCUUAGCCUACAUUUUUUGUAGCAGAUGGAUCUUUAAUUCCUCUUGGAAACGGUCGGGAGAGAUUUAAUUAAGUCACUUAGAGAAAUUCUUAAAUUAUAAGAAAAAUGGGGGUCAGAAAUGUUUGCCACCAAACAGUGCUGCUCUCCUGUGGUCUUUGAAAGCAAGUGUUUGGUUGUCUGUGGACCUUGGUUGUGUCAUCUGCAUUUGUUAGGCAUCAAGGUGGUUUAGCAUUAGUAUUCCUUGUUGAAGCUGAGGCUGCACUAGGAUGUGUAAACUGCUGAUCACAAUCGGGAAUGCGCUGCCUCUUUAAUGUCUUGCUUGCAGAUGCAUUUUCUAGCUGACCACGCUAUUAAGAGCUACCAUCAAUCACGCAGCCUUGCAGUUCCGGCUGUUGGGAACACUGGGAGGAUUGGGGGAACUUGAGGGUGGCGGGGCAAGGAAGGAGCUACAAUUGCGGCGGGCAUUGUGUGUGCUAGCCCCAUGGUGGCGGCCUGGGCGCGUGCAGAGCCGGCCUCGUUCCAGCCCGGGUUUUGCUGGCCGCCGUCGCGCUCAGGCGGCUCUUUCUCUCUAGUCUGGGUCACAGGCACGUGGCGGUGCUGGCCAGGCCGCCGGGGCUCAAGGAGUUCGAGUGAGCGCUGUGGCCGUGGGCCCAGCGCAUCCCCAGCCGAGGGCCGGCGCUUGUAGCAGCCCGGACCCACCCGCGCGGCCGGCGCCCGGCCUCCUUUUGUUUGGAGGUGCAAUUCACCGCCCAGCCCUGCCGGCCUCCUGGCUCCGCCCGCCUGGCUCUCGCCCUGGGGUUUGCGGGAUCCCGCGCCCCAGGAGGAGGAGGAGGAGGAGGACUGGCCCAGCCGCACGGGCAAGUGGCCGGCGGCCCUGUGCGGCGAGGGGACGCAAGUCUCCGGCUGGAAGUUGGACAGACAAGUGUCGCGUGGGCGUUGAGAGGUGACCUGGUGUCGUGAGUGUUAGGAAUGGGGAGUUGGUUUUUGAAGUGUCCCAUUACAUUCCAGUUGGAAUUUGUUUCUUUAUGAUAGUUCGCAGCACUGGAAAUUUCAACCAAAGUAAACCAAAUAGUAAACGUCUUCGGGGCAGGGGAAAGGCAGUUUGAAAAUGUUUCUUGAGUAUGUUUGUUUUUUUCCUUCUGAAAGUAAAGCCUGUUUGAGGAUGAGCAGUCUGUAAUGUACAAGAAGCUGUUUUAGUUGAAACUUCACUGCCUGCUGGCGAGUAAAUAUAAGUUCAAAAAUAAAAUGAAUUUAAUGGAUUUGGUAAUAACAAAAUGCUGAUCACCCGUGAUUUGCUUUUUGACCAAAAUAACUGCAGUACAGGGCUCUUGAUAACAAUUACAUUUACUUUAAAUUUCUCUCUCUCUCUCUCCCUCUCUCUCUCUCUCUCUCUCUCUCUUUCUCUCUCUCUGUGUGUGUGUGUGUGUGUGUGUUCGUUCGUUCCCCACCACCUUGCUUGUUCAGAAGUCCUGUGCUGCUAUGAGACCUGCUUAACCACUUAAUUUUUACUGGGGGGUGGGGGUGGGGAACCGCCUGUAACACUGUCUUACUCCCAGUCUUUAAGAGUUCCUGGCACACAUGUGGCACUGACUGUAGGGGCAUUGUUUGGCUGGAGGCCUCUCAGCCAUAUGGCAAUCUCAGAAAUGGUAUGUGAAUAAACAUGGGGGUCAAUGAGAUUACAUCUUCCCUUUGAAAUUGUGUUCCUGGAUGCUUUCAGGAUUGAGACAUUUAAGGAAAAGCUGUGAACAGAGUUGACAAAGACCUUAAACUCUGCCAAUGUGUGGUAUUGAGUUUUUGUUCCUUUUUCCCAGGGAACUCCAAAUUUAAAGUAGACAUGAUUUAAGACCUUCCUUACACAUGGGAACAAUAUCCUAUCCAUUCUGUUGGCAAUUAUUUCCAGAGGCACAGCUAGCGCUUCCUUUUUAAGCAUAUGUAGACUCAGGCAGGAAAAGACCGUUGCCUUUCAGAGUAUUUACAUUGCCUAGGAAAAUAACAGGAGGCAGGUGUGCAGAUGCCUGACGGUGACUCCACAGUGGUGUGUGGGCUCUUAGGAGUCUGCGUUUGUUUUUUUGCCAGCUCUAAUUUAGUAGUGUUGAAACUAUUCUGUAAGGCUCUCUGGGGCCGUGGAUGAUGCUUCUCACUCCAGAGCCCUUGAGUGCUCAUUGUGCUCUGGCAGGCACUGCCUUUGGCAGGCUGCUCCUGAAGUGUUAUUUGAUCUCCGUGCAUGAUAAAAUUGACUAAGAUUACAUGUUCCUCUCCCCUUGGCUUCUGAACGGGAUGCAUCAAUGAGGCCCAUUCAGUAAUAUAUUUAAAGACCUAGCCCACGUUAAUUCAUCCCGAGAUUUCCAGAAAAAGGCUUUUAGAUAUUUGCCUUGUUUUGAGGUUUUACAUUUAUGAAUUGAGGCAAGAGCUGAUGUAAUGUGGCUCUACUUCCUUUGUGUAGUGUUUUUAAUAGUCCACAGGACCCUGCUCUGGUCUGUAUGGAUGUGAUAAUUUCUGUGAGGGGUGGGGGAGAGAGCAUUUAGAUAACCUUCAGCUGCGCCUGAUUUACUUUCUAUAUUAUAGGCCAGAGCAGGGAAGAGUGUGGUGGCGAGCUGUGGCAGCUUGGCAGGAGGGUUCAGUGAACGCCCGUGUGUGAUGCAGACCGGCUUUUCAUUUUAAUCAGUGCGACUGUGUACAGCUGUUAGGUCAGGCAGCACUGGCAGUUCCUGCAGGGUAGUUUUAUCAUUUUUAGAGCUUUUGUGAAUUUGCCUGGUUGUUUCUUAAUCCCUCACCCAUUGCCACCAUGAUUGAUUUUCAGCAAAUGAUAGAAACAAAACAAGGUUUUAUUUGUUCCUGUAACAGUUUAUACUUGUGAGAAAUUUAUUUUUGGUUUUGAGGAACAUUGACUGUUAAUAGGCUUUAUAUUUACCAUUAUUUCCCAAGGUCAGAAGGUUUUUGCCUGGUAUUCUAUAGUCCAAGAAGCCAGUGGAAAACAAGAUUUUAUAACAGGAAGUCAAUAUAUUGUUUAAAAAAUAAGGACGAAGGGAGUCUUUGUUCUCUAGUGUUACUUUGUGAAACUCAAAACAAAUGUUAGCAUCAGUGGCAUUAACUAGACUGUUUCCUCUUUGUCUUUUAUCUCUCUCACUUCACCAGAGACCCUGAGAAGAGAUGAUGCCCAGGGCUCUGCCUGGGCGAGUCCUAGAAGAGUUAGAGGUGUUUCUGUUGAGGGCGUGAGUUUACUAAUGUAAAUUUAAAAUGUGUCACUGGUACCAAGUUAUUAAAAAGUAUUUUCUCAAGAUUUAAGAUUGAAUACACAUAAAUCUUUGUCUUAUAGGCCUGUGAUGAAGUCAGGCUCUGAAGGCUGAGGGACAGAUUGUAAUUAGACUGGCCCCUUUCUCUGCCUGGGUCUUUUUACCGUUGUCAUCUUGGUGAAACGAUAGUCUGUGCAGCACUGAUAUCAUGGGCUUCUAAGACUGUCGGGAGCAUAGCCACAGCAGCAGACUCGAUGGCCAGUGUGCUUAUAAAUCAAGGCUCUGUGGGAUCUUCUUACUGUGCUGCUGUGGGCGGUAGAGAAGGUUAGGUUGGAUAGACAUUCUUUUUACAUGAUCAGAGCAGUGGAUUCUUGAAAUAACUUGGGGUGAGGAAAUAAGAGUAUGUAUCUGAUUGAGGAAAACUGAAAGAUUGAUGUUGACAGCUAGAGACUGCUGAGUUAAAAUGGAAACAGAAGAGGUGUGCCCUAGGUCCAAGCUGAACAGAAUAUUUCACAAGUCCUUCUGCUAGAUGUUUGUUAUUACUGACACAGGUCUUUGGAUAUAAACAUUAAUAGUGAGUGAAGCCUUAGGCUUGUCCUUUAAAGGCCAGUGUAUCUGUGACAGAUAACAUUUGUAAUGAAAAACAUUAAAACAGUAAUGCUGACAUUUAAUUAUCAGAAAAACCGACAGACUCUUAUUAGCUCAAUAGGAAAGCAGUGAGUCUAUCUAAAGGGUGUGUGAUGUCAUGCUCUGCUGAAUAAUUUACUUACUUCGGGCUCCUCCCCCACCCCAGUCUGUCUGUCUGUCGGUCUGUCUGUCUGUAUACUGUAUGCAUGCCUGCUGCCUACGGAGGCCAGAAGAGGGCAUUUGAUUUACUGGUACUAGAUUUACAGAUGGAGGCUACUGUGUGGGUGUUGGGAAAUGUACCCAGGUCCUCUGGAAGAGGAGCCAGUGAGUGCUCUUAAUUUCUCUAGCUCCAAUUAACUUUUUAAUUAGUUAUUACUGGUUUUGGGACAGAGUAUCAUGAAGUGCAGGCUGGCUCAGAAUUCCUGAUCUUCUUGCCUCCACCUCUGAGGGUUGGCAUUAGAGGUUCGUGGCAUGAUGCCUUGCUUAGAAUGAGUAAAUCAGAACAAUUAGAGGUUUAUUUGGCCCAUGUCCUGGUAACAGCCUUGUUCAGAAGCUGAAGUCCAAAAGCUUAGAAAGGAAAUGGGGGUAAGCAGGAUUGAGCAGGAGUGAGCAGGUGUGGGUAGGAGUGUGCAGGGCAGGGCAAGGCAUGGGGAGGGCAGGAGUUGGGCAGCUUUCAGAAAAUUAGUCCUUUUCUCAUCAAUCCACUCAUACAUAACUCAGUUAAUUUCUUCUAGGCCCUUCCAGCACAACAGCACUGGGGAGUAAGGUUCUAAUAGACCAACCAUAGUCAAAGCUUAGUACUCCACAGAAGUGCUGAGGAUAGACCUGGCUUACUGCAUGCACGGUGCAGAAAGUGCUGCCGUGCAGAGUCCCUGUCUUCACCAUGCAGUGCAGUGGAAGGAGAAGGAGAAGAAAAGAGAACAUAGUAAUUGGUGAAAUAGGAGAUAACCUGGCUGAUGAUGGUGGCUUACACUUGUAAUUUCAAUUUAGGAGGUGGAGGAAGGAAGAUUCUGAAGUUUGAGGCUAGUCUGUGCUUCAUGGUGAGAUCCAGGCAGCCUGAGUUAGAGAGUUGAGACACUGUUUCACUUCAUGGUGAGAUCCAGGCAGCCUGAGUUAGAGAGUUGAGACACUGUUUCACUUCAUGGUGAGAUCCAGGCUAGCCUGAGUUAGAGAGUUGAGACACUGUUUCACUUCAUGGUGAGAUCCAGGCUAGCCUGAGCUAGAGAGUUGAGACACUGUUUCAAUGACAAGAGAAGGAAAAACCCAAUCAUCAAACAAUAAAAAACCAAGCUAAUCCAUGAGCAUGGCAGUGUUUUGUUUUUGAAACACAGCACAAUUAAGCGUUACUUCUUAAGUGAUUUGCUUUUCCUUGUGUGAUAAAAAUGCAUUUCUCAUGUCAAUGGAAGGAUUUCUUAGCCACCAUUUAUACAAUUUGACUCAUCUCUCAAAUACAGAAAGAGGAAGAGGAUUUGAGAAGAAAAGAAUAAAAACAACCAUCAAAACAGACAUUAAAUAAAUAUAGUGAUUUGCCAGUUUUAAGCUUCUAGUAUUGGAAAUGAAAUGUUUGAAUCAUAAUCUGUCUAUACAAGGAGUAUGCAGGCAUUUAAAAGUCAUUAUAAGUGGGGCAGGUGAGAUGGCUCAUAGGGAAAAGUGCUUGUUGCACAAGCAUGAAGACCUGAGUUCAAGCCUCAGCACCCACGUAAAAGCUCAGUGUAACUCUAUAACUGUGGUACUGGGAAGCCAGAGUCAGGAAGAACCUAGGGUCUUGCCCAAUUUCCUCUCUAGCUAAAUCACUGAAUUACAGAUUCAUUGAUGGAGAUCCUGACUUUAAAAAGUAAGGUGGAGAGCGAUAGAGAAAAAUAACCCAAGUUCCAUUGGAUACAUUCAUACACUGAGGGAAGGAAGGAAGGAAGGAAGGAAGGAAGGAAGGAAGACAGGAGAGAAAAUUAAGAUAGCUUUUCCCCUUAUGUUAAACAGAGGCUGUUUAACUACAUAGUAUGAUCCUAGCCACAUACCAGUGCUUACUCAGCAUGGUAAGAAGAAGUGGUGGUUACCUUUCUCUGGACAGUAGGAGUGUAGAUAAUUCCAUUUCCUUUGUGUUACUCUUUUUUGCCAUGAAUUAUUUAGUCCUUGUAGGUAUAAGAGAGAUCCAUGUCAAAGCCAGGAAACUGUGGCAUCAAGAGGCAAGAGGUUGAACAGUUUGGCUAGGAUUCCAGAUUCCUCAGCCUCUGAUUUUUUUUUUUUUAAGAAGUUACAUUUAUUGUAUUAUCAAUUAGUUUUAUUUAAUGGGUGUUUGUAUAUAUGCAGCAACACAUGGAAGUCAGAGGAUAACUUAUGGAAGUUAGUUCUUGAAUUCCACCAUGUAGCUAGAAUUCAGAUUAUCAAUCAGGCUUGCUGGCAAGUACUCUUAGUUGCCCUCUGAUCUUCAGAACUCGGUCAUUUCUCGAGUCAAGCAACUCAGUUUGUGCCUCAAAGGCUUUAUGAUCAGCCAUUUCUACAGUCUCGCAUUGAUGUCAACUUUGAUUGCAGUAUUUUUGUUGUACAAAUGCAAAGAGGACUUGUAGCUACAUCUCAUUAACCAUUCCUGAAACUGUUGGUUCCUAAUGUUUCAUUAAAAGUUCUGUGAUGAGACAAUUAGGCUAAUUAGGUUUCCUUGAAGAUAACUGAAGUUGAAGAAAAAUCACAUAACAUUUAUAUAAAGUAUUUAAAACAUUCCAUCAGGUACAACGAAGAAGGAUAGGUUGGUGUUUUUUGUUUUUGUUUUUUUUGCAAAUCCUUAUUUUUAAGUGUGUGUGUGUGUGUGUGUGUGUACGUUACACAUGUCACAGAGCAUGUGUGGAGGUCAGAGGACAAUGUUCAGGAGUUGUUCUCUAUAUACUGUGUGGUCCUAGGAGACGCUCAUCAGACUUGGUGGCAUGGUACCUUUACCUGCUGAACCAUCCUGAUGGCCUCUAUACUCCUAGUCUGUUUGAAGUGGAUGCUUGUAGUUGAUAAAGGAUGAGUAGUGCACACUCUUAGAAGUGAGAGGUUCGGCCUCAGAGCUGGAACAAAAGGAUGCUAGCAAGAGAAACUGAAGUUUAAUACUGCUACCUGCUUAGUACAUUAGAAGGGCUGUAAAAUUUUAUGGUGGUUAUAUGUCAGCCAUGUUUGGGUUUGGUGGGUAAAAUUAGGCAAUGACUAUAAGUAACUUUAGAAAGAAACAUUUUAAUUUUGAUAAUUGUAAGUUCUCUGUGGAUAUUUUAAAGAAUUUGUGGUAUGUUUAGAUCUUGAUGUGAAAGCCAAGUGUUCAUGCCAUUAGCAUUUGCACUCAUUGCUCAGUUCUGCAGCAAACAGACCUGUUUCUUACAUCUUGCUUUUCCAAAGCCAGUGAGCUCCUAGUGAUCUGGGUAUUAAAGGUGGUAGUUUCUUUGUGGCUGCUGAGCUUUAAAAGAGUAAAAGAGAGCACACACUCACCGUGCAUUUGCCACACUGUCAAGUCAGCACACUCCAGUGGUGUGUGCUGCUGUGUUCACAGCUGCUUUUACCACGAAGCCACCGGAUUAUCUGCUAAUAAUUUAAAAAUAGAUGGGUGGAAACAGGUCUCUGCUGGGCUUGAGUGUCAGCAUCAGAAGUGAAUUGUAUGCCUUUGAAUAAAAUGACAAUUGAAGUUAUGCCCUGUAACACGGUCUUUAGGACUUCUCAGACCAAUUUAUUCUGUGCAUAAAGAACAGGAGGAGUUGAUUAGGAUCUUUUUAUAUGACCAAGGUUGGAGAAAUUUUCAUUGUAUGGGUAUGGGUGUUUUGCCUGCAUUAUGUCUGUGUAGCACAUGUGUGUCUGUGCCUGAGGAGGCCAGAAGAUCAUCAGAUCCCUUGGAACUAAAGUUAGAGCCGAUUGUCUGAUGCCAUGUAUGUACUGGGAUUCAAAACUGGGUCCUCUGCAAGUGUACCCAACUGCUGAGCCACCUUUGCAGCCCUGGAAAGGUGGGUCAUUCAAUUUACUCAUUAGUCUUUUCCUUUUAAACAUUGAAACGUAUCAUAUGUAGUUGGCAUGUCAUGCAUAUGUAGUAUGUAGUGAACUUUUUGGAGUUUUUUGGUAUCACCAACCAGCCAACAAAGACAAAAAAUUAAAUUUCUGUCUUGGUUUCUUUUUAUAUUGCUAUGAUAAAAAUAUUUGGCCAAAACAAGGGAGCAGGUUUACUUUGGCUCGAAGUUCCAGGUUGCAGACUGCCAUGGUGGGGACAACAGAGCUGCAUAAGCUUAAGCUUAGAGACCUGGUGAUGUGACCUCAGUCAUGAGGCAGAGAGAGGGGAAGACCAAGGCAAACAGCUGCUCAGCUAGCUCCCUUUCCCCGUUUACACAGCACCGAGUCUCAGCCGGGGAAGGGCGCUGCCCGCAGGUCUGAUUGUCAGGUUGAUAGUGAACACUAGUACAGUGUCCAAAUCUUUCUUCAAAAUGAGUGCUUUUUUUUUUCUAUUAUGAAAAUUUAACAAGUAUUUUUGGAAGGGGCUCAAAUUAAUAAAUCUCUUAAAUUAUACCUAUUAGUAUUUGCUUAGUAAAAAAUGAACAGUUUAGGGCCAGCUAUAGUGGUGUGCAUGCACCUUUAGAGUACUUUGGAGGCAGAGGCAGGUGAAUCUCUGUGGUUUAAAGCCAGCCUCGUUCACAUAGUGAGUUUCAGGCCAGCCAGGACUAGUAAUAAAUCAGUGGAGGAAAAUGAGAGAACAGACCCAGCUUGACCUCAGAAUGGUGAGAGCAGCUUUUUCAGCUGAGAGGACUGUACCAUAGUCCUUGUUCGAGGGUAUGGGAUGUGUCAUGUGUCAUGUCAUGUGCUCAUGGCCUUGAGAGGCCCAGAAAUUGCCUUUCUGAACUGUAGGGUGGAAAGAUAAAUCAGGUUCUUGGUUUCUAUGAUCUCAGAGGUCCAGGAAGUGUAGUGGGGGUUGGCUGCUUUCUAAAAUUCCAUGGGUGGCAGGAAUCUUGAAGCCUUGGGCCUGUUUUGGGCUAUGAUUUUGGGGUGGGGUAUUUUCUUUAGUAAGAUGCUGUUUCAAAAACAAACGAACAAACAAACAAAAACAAUAAAACGAACAGUUUUUCCAAAAGAAAGAGUUUAUUCUGGGAUUAUCAUUCCAGAGAAAUAAAGAAUCCAUUGUUGACAUAACAGGGAAGCAAGGGAGCAGUUAACUACAGCAGCAGGAACACCUAAGAGCUCACAUCUCUAACCUAAGCAUUAAGCAGAGACUGAGACUUUAAAUACCACUGUAACAGUCUGUGCGGUAGGGACGAUAUACUUAUUGUCUGCUUUGUAACAUUUUAAUCACUACUGUGGUGUCUGUGUCAACGGGGCUGAGACACCAGACUUCUGCAGCAGCCUCCUCUCCCUCCACCCUCCAGCCAUUGAGCUCCUCCAUGCACCUGCUUGUUGAAAUAGCUCUCACUGUACUGACUCUCACUGUACUGGCUCUAGUGCAGAGGAUGAUCUCGAACCCCUUGCACUUCUGUUUGCUGAGUGCACCACGUCUUUCUAUGUUAGAGAAAUGUCUGGCUCUGCUUGUUUAGAGCUUUUUGACUUUUCAUUGAUCCAGCUUUUGUCAGAAUUUCGUUAUCACACUAAUUGUGUUUAGUUAGUUGCCAGAGCCUUGUUUGCUUUAUUUUAUUUUAUUUUUUUGAAUUUUUUUGAUUUUUUGAUUUUUUGAUUUAUUUAUUUAUUUAUUUAUUGAAUUUUUUUGAGUCCUGGUUGGCCUGGAACUCCCUAUGAAGACCAAGUUGUCUUUAAACAUGUGAUCCCUCUGGUGGGCCUUCCAAACAGUAGGUUGUGCUCAGUCUCUCUUGUGUGUGCACAUGCACCCUGCCCCCAGAUUUAUUUAUUUAAUAUAUGUGAUUACACUGUUGCUGUCUUCACAUACUCUAGAAGAGGACAUGGCAGAUGGUUGUGAGCCACCAUGUGGUUGCUGGGAAUUGAACUCAGGACCUCUGGAAGAGCAGCCUGUGCUCUUGACUGCUGAGCGGUCUCUCUAGCUGGUGCAUGCACUCUUGCUCACUCCUCCCCAUCUCCUUUCUCCUCUUAUCCCAGGUAAAGCACUGAGUGAAUUGUCUUUUCAGCCCAGGUUCUUUGUUUUUCUUCAGAGGCAUCUUUGAGUAUUUCUGUAGGGUGUGGCUCAUGUCCUGGAACAUAGUAUAUAACCGUUUGGAUGCAUACCCACUGCUUGUAGUUGCUGGCUUAUGGAGCCAUGGUGGCCCAGCCUUAAACCUGUCAUUCAGAACCAACGGUGAGCCCUAAAUCUGAGCUUGAAUUAUGAGGAAGGUUUUGUAGUUUUUGUUUUUGUUUUUUGUUUUUAAGAUUUACUUAUGGGGCUGGCGAGAUGGCUCAGUGGGUAAGAGCACCCGACUGCUCUUCCGAAGGUCUGAAGUUCAAAUCCCAGCAACCACAUGGUGGCUCACAACCACCUGUAAUGAGAUCUGAUGCCCUCUUCUGGUGUGUCUGAAGACAGCUACGGUGUACUUACAUUAAAUAAAUAAAUAAAUAAAUAAAUCUUAGAGAAAAAAAAAAGAUUUACUUAUUUAUGUAUUUUACAAAAAUGAGUACUCUACUAGUAUGUAUAGCUCUAUGCCAGAAGAAAGCAUCAGACAGAAGAGGGCAUCAGGUCCCGUUACAGAUGGUUGUGAGCUACCGUGUGGUUGCUGGGAAUUGAAUUCGGGACCUAGAAGAGCAGCCAGUGCUCUCACCCACUGAGCCAGCUCUCCAGCUCUGGUGUUGUAAUUCCUAUUUCUGUCAGGUUUGCUUUACUUGAAUCUUCUGUAGCCCCUGAUUUGUUGAGACUUGUAAAACACUUUAUGUGUGGGAUUAUUUGUUUGGGGGUGGGGAGUGGCCCAUAGGCUACUGUGCCUUUGCAUCUUUUGGUACAGAAGGAUCUCACCUCCUGAACUAAAGGGCUUAGCCUCCUUGAAACUGAUCCUGUAAGGCGAGGUAUAGAAUGAACCUCAGUGUAGGUUUAUGUACCACCUCAUCCCUGCUUUCAUCUUAUUCUCCUCCUUGCCCUGCAGUUUUUCUGUGUCAAGGAAAAGAGAAGCUUUGUAAUACAGUGGAGGAUGGAUGCAACAGUGGAUUCUCAUCUUUAUACCAAGCUUACUUUUCAAAGGGGAAAUGGAACAUUGUAGAGUAGUACCCUAGAUAACCCUUAGCCACUGCUAUUGGCCCAGUGCCUUUAUUGAUCUGAAAUUUUAUUUUCUGUUUCGUGAACUUCAGUAAGAAGCAUUUAAGCAUAUUUAAAGUAAAUCAUUUUCAUUUCUUUUAACCUUCCCUACCUCCCCGUAGAUGGAUGCAGAUAUAAAUAAAUACAAAGAUUUCAUUUCUGCCAAAGACAGUCAAGAGUUUGUGUAGGCAGAUACUACGUAUUAAACUGUGUUCUGCAGUUCAGGCUGUCCAGAUCUAGCCCCUAACUUGAUGUUGUGGUGGGAUCAGUAAAGACAGGAAGGGGAAAGGGGCGCAGGGAGAGCAGCUGCCACUCCUGAGAGACUGAGCUAACCCCUGUGCUCUGAGGACAGAGCCAGGAAACACCCAUAUGCAGGCUCUCACUGGAGACCUAAGUGAAAUGAGUUUCUGUUUUGAAAGCCAUCAGCCUACAGCAUUCUGUUGUAGCAGCUGGAGUUGAUGAGUGUGGAGCACAUCGUAUAGAGUUAAUACACAAGGCCCCCAGUAGCUUAUGAUGGACACUGAGCUUUUGGAGAGUGAAAUAGACAUUGCAUUUCUGUUGGGAGAAGUCGUUAUAUCUACUGAACAGCCUUCACUGAACUCUGUUUCAGGCCUCACGAUUGCCUUGUGAAGGAAGCAGGGUAUAGUUGUUUUCUGUGGUUUCCAACUAAAAGCUGUGGACCAUGAGAUCCCUCUGCAGAAUAUUUGAAACGUUGGGGUUGUUGGAGUGGUUGGAUUUUCCCUGGAAUUGAGUGAGAAAUUCAGAAGACUGAAGCCCAGGCUCACUGUCUACCUUUCACGGAGGCCUAGCCGUGAGAGGACAGAAGAAGGCACGUGGAGAAUCAUGACAGCUGACAAAGAUAAAGACAAAGACAAAGAGAAGGACCGGGACCGGGAUCGGGACCGAGAAAGAGAUAAAAGAGACAAAGCAAGAGAGAGCGAGAAUGCCAGGCCUCGCAGGAGCUGUACCUUGGAGGGAGGAGCCAAAAACUAUGCUGAGAGCGAUCACAGCGAGGACGAAGACAACGACAACAACAGCGCCACCACGGAGGAGUCCAACAAGAAGAGCAGAAAGAAACCUCCGAAAAAAAAGUCCCGCUACGAGAGGACAGACACUGGUGAGAUAACUUCUUACAUCACCGAGGACGACGUUGUCUACAGACCGGGAGACUGUGUGUAUAUCGAGAGUCGGCGGCCAAACACACCGUAUUUCAUCUGCAGCAUCCAAGACUUCAAACUGGUCCACAGCUCCCAGGCCUGUUGCAGAUCUCCAGCUCCUGCUUUCUGUGACCCCCCAGCAUGCUCUCUGCCGGUGGCACCACAGCCACCACAGCACCUCUCUGAAGCCGGGAGAGGGCCUGGAGGGAGUAAGAGGGACCAUCUACUCAUGAACGUCAAAUGGUACUACCGUCAGUCUGAAGUCCCAGAUUCUGUCUAUCAGCAUUUGGUUCAGGAUCGGCAUAAUGAAAACGACUCUGGAAGAGAGCUUGUCAUCACAGAUCCAGUCAUCAAGAAUCGGGAACUCUUCAUUUCUGAUUAUGUUGACACCUACCAUGCUGCUGCCCUAAGAGGGAAGUGUAACAUCUCCCAUUUUUCUGACAUAUUUGCUGCUCGAGAGUUUAAAGCCCGAGUGGACUCAUUUUUCUACAUAUUAGGAUACAACCCUGAGACAAGGCGGCUGAAUAGUACCCAAGGGGAAAUUCGAGUUGGCCCUAGCCACCAGGCCAAACUUCCAGAUCUGCAACCAUUUCCUUCUCCAGAUGGUGAUACUGUGACUCAGCAUGAGGAACUUGUCUGGAUGCCUGGAGUCAGUGACUGUGACCUCCUCAUGUACUUGAGGGCAGCAAGGAGCAUGGCAGCAUUUGCAGGGAUGUGUGAUGGAGGCUCCACAGAGGAUGGCUGUGUUGCAGCAUCUCGGGAUGACACCACUCUCAAUGCACUGAACACACUACAUGAAAGCAGUUAUGAUGCCGGCAAAGCCCUGCAGCGCCUGGUGAAGAAGCCUGUGCCCAAGCUGAUCGAGAAGUGCUGGACAGAGGAUGAAGUGAAACGCUUCGUUAAGGGGCUCCGACAAUACGGCAAGAACUUCUUCAGAAUCAGAAAGGAGCUGCUUCCCAGUAAGGAAACCGGGGAACUGAUUACCUUCUAUUACUACUGGAAGAAAACACCAGAGGCGGCCAGCUCCCGUGCCCACCGCCGCCACCGCAGGCAGGCGGUGUUCAGAAGAAUUAAGACUCGCACAGCGUCCACCCCUGUCAACACGCCCUCCAGACCACCUUCCAGUGAAUUCUUGGACCUGAGUUCAGCUAGUGAGGAUGACUUUGACAGUGAGGACAGCGAACAGGAGCUGAAGGGGUACGCCUGCCGUCACUGCUUCACCACCACCUCCAAAGACUGGCACCACGGGGGCCGGGAAAACAUCCUACUGUGCACGGACUGUCGCAUCCACUUCAAGAAGUACGGUGAGCUGCCACCCAUCGAGAAGCCCGUGGACCCCCCGCCCUUCAUGUUCAAGCCUGUCAAGGAGGAGGACGAUGGGCUCAGUGGGAAGCAUAGCAUGAGGACGCGGCGGAGCCGGGGCUCGGGGCAGAUGUCUACACUACGCAGUGGUCGGAAGAAGCAGCCCACCAGUCCUGAUGGUCGUGCCUCACCCAUCAAUGAAGACAUCCGAUCCAGUGGCCGGAACUCCCCCAGUGCUGCUAGCACUUCCAGCAAUGACAGUAAAGCAGAGACAGUGAAGAAGUCAGCCAAGAAGGUGAAGGAAGAGGCUGCAUCCCCUCUGAAGAGCACCAAGCGCCAGCGGGAGAAGGUGGCCUCUGACACAGAAGACACUGAUAGGAUCACCUCCAAAAAGACAAAGACCCAGGAGAUUAGCCGUCCCAACUCUCCCUCUGAAGGAGAGGGGGAGAGUUCGGACAGUCGCAGUGUCAACGAUGAGGGCAGCAGUGACCCGAAAGACAUUGACCAGGAUAAUCGCAGCACGUCUCCCAGUAUCCCCAGCCCUCAGGAUAAUGAGAGUGACUCGGACUCAUCAGCACAGCAGCAGAUGUUGCAGGCCCAGCCCCCAGCCUUGCAAGCUCCCAGUGGUGCUGCCUCGGCUCCCUCCACAGCCCCUCCAGGAACACCCCAGCUUCCCACCCAAGGACCCACACCCUCUGCCACUGCAGUCCCUCCACAGGGCUCCCCUGCAACCUCACAGCCCCCUAACCAGACUCAGUCUACAGUUGCACCUGCAGCCCACACCCACAUCCAACAGGCACCCACCCUGCACCCCCCUCGGCUGCCCUCACCUCAUCCUCCACUGCAGCCUAUGACUGCACCGCCUAGCCAGAGCUCUGCACAACCUCACCCCCAGCCCUCCUUGCACAGUCAGGGCCCGCCUGGCCCUCACAGCCUACAGACUGGACCCCUGUUACAGCACCCAGGACCUCCUCAGCCCUUUGGACUUCCUUCCCAGCCCUCCCAAGGUCAGGGCCCUCUGGGCCCCUCCCCGGCAGCAGCUCAUCCUCAUAGCACCAUACAGCUUCCAGCGUCGCAGUCAGCGCUGCAGCCCCAACAGCCCCCAAGGGAACAGCCCUUGCCUCCUGCCCCUUUAGCUAUGCCUCACAUCAAACCCCCACCCACCACACCAAUUCCCCAGCUUCCAGCACCACAAGCCCACAAACAUCCGCCUCACCUCUCAGGCCCCUCCCCCUUCUCUCUGAAUGCCAAUCUGCCACCCCCGCCAGCCCUGAAACCCCUGAGCUCACUGUCCACACACCACCCUCCCUCAGCCCACCCUCCACCCUUACAACUCAUGCCUCAGAGCCAGCCCUUGCCCUCUUCACCUGCCCAGCCACCUGGGCUGACCCAGAGCCAGAGCCUACCACCUCCUGCUGCCUCCCAUCCUACCACUGGCCUCCACCAGGUGCCCUCCCAAUCCCCAUUUCCCCAGCACCCUUUCGUACCUGGAGGCCCCCCUCCCAUCACCCCGCCCUCCUGCCCCCCCACUUCCACCCCUCCUGCCGGGCCCAGCUCCUCAUCACAGCCACCCUGCUCUGCUGCUGUGUCUUCUGGAGGCAGUGUUCCUGGGGCGCCAUCUUGCCCACUCCCUGCUGUGCAAAUCAAGGAGGAGGCUCUGGAUGAAGCUGAGGAGCCAGAGAGCCCUCCUCCACCCCCCAGGAGCCCAUCCCCUGAGCCCACUGUAGUGGACACCCCCAGCCAUGCCAGCCAGUCUGCCAGGUUCUACAAACACCUGGACCGGGGCUACAACUCGUGUGCACGGACAGACCUGUACUUCAUGCCUCUGGCUGGAUCCAAACUAGCCAAGAAGAGGGAGGAGGCCAUUGAGAAGGCCAAGCGGGAGGCUGAACAGAAAGCCCGAGAGGAACGGGAGCGGGAGAAAGAGAAGGAAAAAGAGCGAGAACGGGAGAGAGAGCGGGAACGGGAGGCAGAGCGCGCUGCUCAGAAGGCAUCCAGCUCUGCACAUGAAGGCCGUCUUAGUGACCCUCAGCUCAGUGGCCCGGGUCACAUGCGACCCUCCUUCGAGCCACCACCGACCACAAUCGCUGCUGUGCCCCCAUAUAUUGGGCCUGACACACCUGCCCUCCGGACACUGAGCGAAUAUGCUCGGCCUCAUGUCAUGUCUCCCACCAACCGCAACCACCCCUUCUACAUGCCCCUUAAUCCCACCGACCCCCUGCUGGCCUACCACAUGCCUGGCUUGUACAAUGUUGAUCCCACCAUCCGCGAGCGGGAGCUCCGAGAGCGCGAGAUCAGAGAGCGCGAGAUCCGGGAGCGGGAAUUGCGGGAGAGGAUGAAGCCAGGCUUUGAGGUGAAGCCCCCAGAGCUGGACCCCCUGCACCCAGCCACCAACCCCAUGGAGCAUUUUGCCCGGCACAGCGCCCUCACCAUCCCUCCUGCAGCUGGCCCCCACCCCUUUGCCUCUUUCCACCCGGGCCUCAACCCUUUGGAGCGGGAGAGACUGGCACUAGCAGGUCCUCAGCUGCGGCCUGAGAUGAGUUACCCAGACAGACUGGCAGCCGAGCGCAUCCAUGCUGAGCGUAUGGCAUCACUCACCAGCGACCCCCUGGCACGACUGCAGAUGUUUAAUGUCACUCCACACCAUCACCAGCAUUCACACAUCCACUCCCACCUCCACCUCCACCAGCAGGAUCCUCUCCACCAAGGUUCAGCAGGCCCAGUUCACCCCCUGGUUGACCCCUUGACUGCUGGCCCUCACUUAGCUCGCUUCCCCUAUCCCCCGGGCACCCUCCCUAACCCUCUACUUGGACAGCCCCCUCACGAGCACGAGAUGCUGCGCCACCCAGUUUUUGCAGAGCCUGUUUUGCGCUUGGCAGGCACCCCCUAUCCCCGAGACCUGCCUGGGGCUAUUCCACCCCCCAUGUCAGCAGCCCACCAGCUUCAGGCCAUGCAUGCCCAGUCAGCCGAGCUACAGAGACUAGCCAUGGAGCAGCAGUGGCUGCACGGACAUCCACACAUGCAUGGUGGCCAUCUGCCAAGUCAGGAGGAUUAUUACAGUCGACUGAAGAAAGAAGGUGACAAGCAGUUAUAAGUUAUUUAUUUGUUAAUGCUGGCUGUGGAAACCCCAGUUCUAGGGGGCAGAAACAGGACAUUUACAUCUAGUAGGGGCUGCAAGAGCAAAGAGGAAUAUCGUCUAAAGAUUUCUCUAUAUAUUUAAAACCCACAACUAAAACACAUCUGCAUAAUAGUGUUUGUUUGUUGAGAGGAUUUCCUGAGACUGGUUUGGGUCUCCCUGCAUGACAGUCCCCCAGAAACUUGGUGUGUCCUGGGCUGGACUGACACCCAGAAAGCUUACCUGCGAGCUUGGGGUUUGGCUUGAGUUCUCUUUUCCUUGAUUUCUCAGUAGGUGCUAGAGUCCGUUCACACCCUUCACUGUGCGCGCAGACACUGAGGCACGUGGGCUCUGGAACCCGCAGGGUUUGCAGAGAGGCGGCAUAUGAGUUUGAAAUCCAAGAGCUAUAAUUUUUAAAAAAUCUUUUAUUUUAAUACAUUGUAGGAAAUCUUCAUAAUUUGAGACAGUUCUGCAGCAUGGCUUUUUACAUCUGUAAAUAAAUAAUUUUAGAAGUCUUUUUUUCUUUCCACAGACGACUAUUCUGAUCUAUUUUUUCCAGCCAUGUCACAAAGUGUGAAUUCCUACCAGCUAUUGACAGAGUACAGAGUUGAUUUUUUAAUAAAAAGUUAUAUAUAAUUAUCCCUUUAAUUAAAGGGAACAGAUGGGCGUUUCUAGUUUUAAGCAGGCAGGAGCUUGGGACUAGGUUUGGUCACAGCAGCGAGCAUCCAAGGGUUGGCAGGGACAGUGUUACAGGCUCUUUAUUUUGCUGCUUUGAUUUUGCUUCUGUCUGCCCCUCACAUGUGCAGUGGCAGGCGUGUUUGAGCGAGCCUCCUUCCUUAUUCAUAGGGAUUCAGUGUUGACUGUUCCCUGGUGUCCCCGCUGUCCUGUGUCGUCUGGUAUAGAAAGCGCAUGUUUCUGUAUCGGUGUCUGAUGAUAAGUUUCCUUGGAGUUUUAUGCACAUGUUUGAUUGUUCUAGAUAAAUUGUCAUAAACAUUCUAGGAAGUUCAAGAAAAUGAUGCAGUACCCAGCACAUGAAAGACCUACAACAUGUGCUUGCCAAAGGAAUGUUAGAAUCUGCUCAUGUGUGUGUCACCAUGCCAAGCCAUGCCAGCCACAGACUGAGGCUUCCGGGUGAGGAACACCCUGGGGCUACUAUGUUUGUAGGUCUCAUGUGCUCAGGGCUAUGAAGUAGGCUGUGCAGGUGACAGCACCCUGCUAGGAAGCUGUGUGUGUCCUGCCUUUCCUCCUGGAAUAUGUACGGAUGGAAGUCUUGGUUGAAGCAGGUUCCCCUGGGAAGUGCUCUCAGCAGGCCUUGCGGAGCAGAGCAGAGCUGGGCAGAGCUGACUCCUGCCCCGCUGUCCCUGAUGGAACCUUCCUUCCAGAGCUGUGGAAGAGAUGUUUGUGACCCCUCCCUUGGACUCUUGGGGGCCAAUCCCACUCUUGAGUGCAAUGGUUGCAUUUAGAAUCAGCUAGCUAGCCAGGGGCCAUCCUGUGGGUCAGUAGAUGAGGUGUGUCCUGGCCCUGCGGAGAGAAGAGGCCUGUGGUUCAGCUGGCACGCUCUGCUCCAGGCUCUGACUCAGGGGUGGCUGAGCCUCAUGCUCCCAGAACCAUGCAUGGGGCAGCUAGGAUCCAUUUGUCUGUUGGAAAUGUUUGUAGCUUUUUUGUUUUGUUUUUUAACUUUCUUUUUCUCAUUCCAUUUCUGCCUUAACUUUGGUUCUUCAUAGGAGGCAAGCUCAAAUUAACCUUUUGCCAUCAAACCUUGUAGCCGUCUUGGCAUGAAGGCAUGUUUUCCUUCUGGGGGUGGUGACAUGCCCUCCAGACGGCCUGCCAUCCAGCCCUCUGGCCUGAGGAAGACCCCCAUAGGCUCCGGACAGGCAGGUCCUUUCUAUCCCAUGCCACCACUUCCUUCCCCCUUUAACUGAGUCUGCUGUUCAGUUAAGCCUUUAUUUCCUCUCCAGUACCCAUUUCCAAAGAGAAAGAGUGAAGUACUUUGAAGUCUGUACUUGAAAUCUGUCUGGAAGUGUUUCCUUGUUAGUUUUGGGUUUCUCCCCUGUCCCAAGGCUCAGAGUCUUCAUCUCCUACGUGACUGACUACAGUUGGUUUGGAGGCCCUGGACCUCUGUGGCGUCUUUGAAGCCUGGCCUCUUGGCUUCCUUUUGGACUUUGCUUGCUUUCAUUUGAAGUUUGGGUUUGCUUUCUGUGUUCUGUGCGUAUCUUGUUCAGUGUCGUCAAGGUUGGGCUUCACGUCUCACUGCAGUGGAGCGAGCGGACAUUCUGAUCGCUGCAUUUCUUUAGAUCUCGGAGCUAAGUGUAUAUAUGAGUAGUUUGCCAAUGGAUAACACAGUGUAAACAGUAGACACCCAGAAAAUCGUGACUUCUGUGUUCUCUCCAUUUGAGUAUUUUGUAAUUUUUUUGAAAUAUUUGUGGACAUAAAUAAAACCAAGCUACACUACAGCA